UCUGUCUCUCCUCAUCUCUCUAACACCAUAAAGGUUUUGUCAGUUUCCUGAUAGCUUGCCUCGGAAACACAUCCAAAUAUCUGCUCUUGUUCUGUCUUCAUUAUCAAAAACACAGAUCUUUGACUAUGGAGAAAAUCUCUACUCCACCAUAUCCUGGACCACCUUUAGAGUCCACCAGUUCUGUAAAGCAGAGACCCCAGCCAGCUCCUCGUACACGCUACACCAACGUAGAGCAGUCUCCUGGACCUCAGCACAACAGAUGUUUGCCUGUGGAGAACAUCCCUGCUCCACCGUAUCCUGGUCCGCCUCUAGACUCUCUGUCAUCCAGCGCUGUACAGCAGAGACCCUGCUCUUUUCAGCCACCUCCUCGCACAUGCUACACCACUGAAGAGUGUGGUGCUUAUAAUCACCAGUCUCCUGGAUGUCAACACCAUAGUUCUUUGCCCAUGGAAAACAUUCCUGCUCCACCAUAUCCUGGCCCACCUCUGGACUCCACCAGUUCUCUACAGCCGAGAGCUUACACCCAUCAGACACCUUUUCACACAGACCCUGUCCUUUUGGAGGGUGGUCCCCAUAGUCCACUGCAGUCUCCUUCUCCUCAGUACCAAAGGUUUCACCAUACUCAUCUGCACUCUCCUCAUCCUCCAAACCCCUGCCAAUACCCGGAGUCAUUGGGAACAUCUGGAAUAAAAGGGAGUACUGUACUGAAGGGAGCUGUCACCGACGAGCAAGCUUACCACACAUGCCAUGACAAAGCUGAGGGUGUUCCCUGUAAGAACCUGCCUAGCAACCCGACCUUCUAUCCUACACCAAAUAAACAAAGCAUAUCACAGGGGCAAAAGGCCGGCGCUCACUCACGUGACCUGCUGCUUGAGUCUCGUUAUAGCUCUGAGAAGAGUACCGUCGAACUCUCUACUGAACAGAACGUAAAAGUCAGCGAUCCUCCUCCACCAUAUCCCGGCUUUGCACUCAACCUGCAGUCAUCUGACACUCCACAGCAAUUCAGACCAGACACAUCUCCAUCCAUGUAUUCUUAUAAUUAUAAAGUCGUCCACGCUGGUGGGAGUCAGGUGGUCACCCAUCAGCAGAGGCAAGUAGUGGUCCAACCUGCCUCUCAGCCUUCUGUGGUGAUCCAAUCUCCAGCUCCAGCUUAUCAAGUCGUCCAGCCUCCAGCUCCAGCUGUUCAAGUCGUCCAGUCUCCAGCUCCAGCUUAUCAAGUCAUCCAGUCUCCAGCUCCAGCUUAUCAAGUCAUCCAGUCUCCAGCUCCAGCUUAUCAAGUCAUCCAGUCUCCAUCUCCAGCUGUUCAUGUCGUCCAGUCUCCAUCUCCAGCUGUUCAUGUCGUCCAGAAUCCAGCUCCAGCUGUUCAUGUCGUCCAGUCUCCAUCUCCAGCUGUUCGAUUAAUCCAGUCUGCAGCUAAUGCCACGGUUUAUCGUCGUUAUUACUGAAGUCAUGCUCUGUGCCACUGAACCGAUCCAGGACAACGUGUACGACCCUCAACGCACUGCGAUGAAAUCUCCAGCAGGAUUAUUUUUACGGCAAAAUUCUUUCAGGAAAUAAAUAGCCUGUAUUUCUUAAUAAUAUUUCUUUAAUACAUUUCUUGGCUUUUUGUAUCCAUGGUGAUAUAUACUGUAUACUUGUACAUUUACAGCAGCACACUAAAUCAUGAUGUGUAUUACCGCAAAACCUACAGGGUCCACAGUGAGCAGGUUGCUGUCGGGUCAGAGUCGGAUAUGCAAAUGAUAAUAGGGCAGACGUGGGUUUCAACCUCUUCUUUUUAAGUUUGAUGAAUAAAGGAUGUUAAAUUGUACACGGUGUAUUACAACAACAUUAGAUUCAAAUCUCGUUAAGACUGAGCUUUUGAUAACUUCGGGAAGGUCUUCUCAAGGCUUUGGGAUAUUUUUAUGGUAUAAACAGUAUAGUGAGGAAACGAGACCGAUAAACACAAACCUGUUACUGAUUAAAGGCUGUUACUGGCUGCAGAAACUCCACAAUGUGAAUGUUAUUCAGGGCUUGAAGGUGUUAUGAAGGUGUCAGGAGGCUAUUAACAUCUUACAAACCCUGACAUAAGCUGUAAGAUUUUAUAAAGUGGAACAUGUUAUAAAGCAUUCAUAAUGCAUUGUAUACACACAUAAUGAUUCACGAACAGGCAUUUUACACUUCAUAGCUAUAUUUAUUAUUCUCAAUAAUUAAAGAUUAUAACACUUUAUAGCACACAUACCAAAAACAAGCUCAGUGUUGUACACUGCAUUAUUAUUAUAAAUUAGAGCAUCUUUUUCUUAGUGAAAUAAUCAGAGCUUAAUGUUAGAAAACAAAUUUUAGUAAGACACAUUUAUGAAAAUAUUUGAAUUUAGUGAUAAAAUGUAUUUAUUUUAAAGUGAGAAAUAAAACAUUACUUUGACUUCAAGCAAAACAAUUUUCCCGUUUUAUUUUUUUAUUCACUUUUAUAGUAUUUACAUGAUAUAGCUUGUGAGUUACUUUAUUCUACCAUUCUGCUAGUUACUCUACACUCUUUUAAACACUCGUUUAUCGCUGAGCAUCAUUAUGUCAGUCUGCAGUUCUGAUCUGUAUUUAUAUUGUUGUUUAUAACGUGUUAUAAUGCAUUAUGCUGUUAACACUUUAUUUAAUGCAUUAUAAAUAUGGCUAUAAACUCAAAUUCCUUUUCAUAAAUAAUUAUAACCUUAUGUGCCUUAUGUUAGCAUUAUGAACAUGUUAUGCAGGUUGUUAUUACAGGUUAUUACACAUACAACGUACACAGCCAGUCGAACGUUUGGGCACGUGAGAUUGGACAUAUAAAAAUGUGUAUAUUUCUGGGUAUAUUUGUUGUCUUAACUUUCAUGUGUUAUUAAGCUCACAGUGACUUGUUGUUUGUGUCACAGAGACUUUGGUGGUUUGUGUAUAACCUUCUAUUAAUAAUUAAAAAAACAUUUUACUGAA